AUGUCGACGAUGCUCGAUGCUUUACCACAACAACCCCGUUUUGCCACCGCAAGAGAACCCAUGACAGAGGAAACUCCGGCGAUUCCUCCUCCUCCACGUGGCGUCUCCGCCGUCACUCGUCCUCCGGGAAUUACCCUAGCACCACGAGAAACCGAUGUGACUAAACAGAAUCAACCUCUAGUCCAUUCAUGCCCUUGCGGUUUCUGCGCCGCCGCUAAUCGUCAAGAACUCGAGACGCGUUUCCAGUGGAUGUUCGACUUCAUGACUACUACCAAACAAGAUCCGGCUCGGUUUAAAGAAACGAUCUCGAAGCUAAACAGAACCGGGCUUCAGAGGAUGGCGUCUUUGAUGACGUCAGAUUCCGAUUACUUCUUGGAGAUCGCAAGAAACGAGCACGGAUCCAAACGCAUGCAGAAUCUCCUCGGGAAAUCAGACGACGUGGACGCCUUAUUCUGCGCCGCUAUCUUGCGCAUCUUCCUCUCCGUCAUGACCGACAAGAACGCGUCCUACGUGGCGGUGCGUGCCAUGAGAGUUUUCGACGGUCAGAAGAAAGAGUCUAUGUGCGAGCUCAUUCUGCACCACGCGCUUCACCUGGCGAGUGACCAACACGGCUGCGUCGCUCUCAACGAGAUCAUAACCGACUUGGACCAUCCUUACUACAGAAACCAGCUCCUUGGCGUAGUCUCGCACAACGCUCUCUCCCUAAGCUACGAUCCUUAUGGCAACUUUGUGAUCCAACACGUCCUUAGACUGAACGACUUGCAUUGCACGCGAAACAUCGUGGUUAGACUCCGUGGCUACUGUGCUGACCUCUCGUUACGGAAAUACGGAAGCUACAUAGUGGAGCGGCUUUUGGAGGAGGAGAAGUCAAUGUUUGUGGUGGUUGAUGAGCUUUUGAAGUGCGAGAACGACAGGUUGGUGAGGCUGGCGAGGAGUGACUAUGGGAAUUUCGUGGUGCGCAAGGCACUGGAAGUCACCAAGAAGGAGAAGAUUAGGGCUAAUUUGUUUUUGGGUUUGGUGCAUAAGCUCAAGCCUUUUCUUCCUCUCUUGCGCAAGUCUCGUGGAAGCAACAUUGCAGCGAUCUUGGACUCAGUUUGUUAG